UCUAAAGUAAUUUAAAAUCCCUUACAAAAUUGUCCUAAAGAAACUGAGUAGAAUGUUUUAAGGAAAAGUUAAGACUUAAUUCAUAGCUUUUAUUGAAAGUAAAGACAGUUUGUGGUGCCCUCUUAUGUUUGAUUUUCUUUUCUGGGAACCAUCUUGAACAACUACUGCAGCUUUAGCUGCUGAGAAAUUGGAAGAAAGUUACGCUUUUAGAAAAGCAGAGAAUGCCAGGUUUUUACAUUUACUCAUUUCACUAACAUGCUUCUUGCAUAAUAGAGAAGGCUAUAGACAGAUUUUAAUUAUUUAAUAAGUCAUUUAAUAUAAGGGGGAAGAGUUAGAUUUUCUGUGAUAUGCCACUUUAGAACUUAUUGGAAGAAAGUUACUCUUUUAGAAAAGCAGAGAAUGCCAGGUUUUUACAUUUACUCAUUUCACUAACAUGCUUCUUGCAUAAUAGAGGAGGCUAUAGACAGAUUUUAAUUAUUUAAUAAGUCAUUUAAAAUAAGGGGGAAGAGUUAGAUUUUCUGUAAUAUGCCACUUUAGAACUUGUAUUGUAAAUUACAAAGUUUUAAAAUAUACAUAUAGAUAGAUAUAGUAUAUAUGUAUGUGUGUACUUAAGGUACUUCUGUCAUCUUAUUAGUUUAAUAUACUGACAUUUUUCCAGUUUCCCUUAAGAAUUCUACUGAUGCAUCAUUUAUUAUAAAAACACAAUGUUAAAAUGUGUAUACAUUUCGAUACUAAAAUAUUUCGAUUUUUUAAAAAUUUGUUCUUAUUUUGUGUAUGAACAUAGAAUUUCAUAUUUCACUAAUCAUAAUUAUGUAAAGAAGUAUUUGUAAAUGUAUGAAAAAUAUAGGAGAAUAAUCUGAAAGCAGGUAUUGUUUGUUCCGGAACCUGUUCUAAGUAACUCUGCUUCCCAACAUAGUUUCAUGUAAAAUUCGAUUAAAAGGCAUCUUGCUAGAUAUUACUGCUUGCCUUUCUCUGUAAUAAACGUAUUUUCUUUUCGUUAUUUCCUUAAUUUUACCAGUUCAUUUUUCAUUUAGUCAGUACUACACGUUCAAAAGGACUGAAGUAGUUAACUAAAAGAGUACACUAUGUGUGUGAUGUGAUGAUGAUCCAAGAAAGUAAAAAUUUUUGAUUUGUUGAACUUAAUCAAUCUGUGAAUUUGGAUAUUUGGUAUGAGCCUUUCAUUAAACGAAUGAAAAAAUGAAGAAAAAAACCAACUUUGUACUAUUACACACCACUUCUUAUAAAGUGCUUGUUCAGUACAUCACAAAUGCUUUGACCAUAUCAAAAGAUAUUCUGCAUCAUCACCAAACUGAUAGAGUAAGCAUUCACUUAUCGUUACCGCCAGAGUUAAGAACGUCUUUCAAAAAAUCUAAUAUUCAGUAUAAUCAUUUGAGAUUUGAAGAGUGUGACUCCAUGUUCCUUAUCAUUAAGUUGUGUGAUUCACAAAUUGUUUAAAUAUUCUUUAUAGGUGCCAUUUUGAACAGGAUCCUUAGCUACUGCUUGUGGCAUUUUAUGUCAGUACCUAGUCGCUGUAGAAAAGCGUCUCAUGCUUAUAACCUUGAUGAUUAGGCAACAGUAUUACAAGCUGUUGUGCUAUACUAAUAAUGUGUUUUACACUGUUUCUCUUUAUUAAACAGAUCACUAGAUAUAUGUUGUAAAUUAAAAAAUAAAUUGUUUAAGAAUUGUAUGGUGAAUGACCGGUUUUAUUUUAGUGCAGGUUGUUCCAAGGAUGGAUAGAUUUAAUUUUAAAUUAAGGUGAAAGAUGGAAACAGUUGAAGAGCCCCAAAAGAAAAUUUUCAAGGCUAGAAAAACUAUGAGAACAAGUGAUCGACAACAGCUGGAAGUUGUGCACAAGGCUAAGGAAGAAUUUCUUCAAAAACAGGGACAGGGAGUGGUGGAGGAAUCUGGUACUACAGGGGCUCCAUCUCCUGCCCCCACACCACCCCCAACCCCUUCUACCCCACUUGUUAAUGGCAAGCAUAACUCAAAUGAAAAUGGAGACCUAGAGCAGCCAGACUCUCCUGUUGCCGAUAAAGCCACCUCCUCCCCAAAAUCACUUUCUGAAGAUAUCCAAGAGUCUGAAGAAAUGGAGGAGUUAGAGCCAACAUCCAGUGGUAACGUCAAUCAAAAAGAGACAGUUGAAUCUGAACUAUAUGAAGACAUCUCUGAGCCAAGUCCUUAUUCUGAAAGCCCACAAGAUGCACGCGUUUCCCAGAGUCUUCCUGCCAAAGUGGUACAGGAGCAGCCUGAGGAGGAAAAGACUACAGAAAAUGUGAGAGAGGUGGAGGAUACAAAUUCUACAACUAUAAAGACCAUAGAGGAUAAAGGGAAUGCUGGGAAGCUGGCAGAUGAUGGUUCACCUGCAGAGAACAAAGAGGCUUCUCUUGAAUCAAAGGUUCCUGAGGUCAAGUCUGUCUCUCCUACCCCAGCUCCUUCACCCAUUGUCCUUCUAAUGCCUUUAGAAGUAGAGCACAGAGAUAAGAGUCCUACGCAAUUAGAAGAUAUUGGAGACCUUGCAAUUUCAAGCAGCGUGGAAGGUAACGCAGAGGAUAUCUCUGAUUCUCUAGUAAAGAAUAAGCUGAAUGAAAGGAAUGUUGAUGGUGAAACUGAAGAAAAGGCCUCUUCUGUUGAGAGAUUAGAAGCUGGGAGCCCUGGCCCUUCUGUAUCCACUACAGCAAUGGAAACAGAAACUGGUGACAGUGAAGAAAUUAUUCCAAUUCUAGAAAAGCUGGCCCCUUCUUCAUCAGCCCCUUUGUCUCCAUCGAGUCCCCCAAGUGAAGAUGUACUGUCUCCUGCUCAAUCUCCGUCACGACAAGAUAGUAGUGACCUUGUACCUCGUGAAGGAUUUCUUGUACUGAGUGAUGAAGAUGAGGGUGAAAAAGACAGAAUGGAUUGUGAAGAAGUACAAAAGGAUACUGUACAGUCAACAGCCACACUUCCAGAAGAAACAGGCAGUGCUAAUGUUGCUGAGGUUGAGACUGUGGAAGAACCCAAAACCUCAAGUAACCUUGAACUUGAGGCAGAGCCAGAAACAGAAGUCCUAGAAAUGUCGACACAAAGGAAACGCUCUUGUUCCGAUGAUGUUGAAGUAGUGUCUGAACCUAAACGUCGUCGUUUUCUAGAAGGAAAUUAUGAGGCUGAGCUGGAGCUGAAGAUUACAGCUGCACGGGCUGAUGUUCACCAAAAACUGGAGAAGAUUGUACAGAGAAUUCUUGAAGAGAAAAUCCGUGCUUUACAGUGGAGUGUAUUUGACAAAACACUAGAGGAACUGAAAAGUCGUGUAGAAAAGAUUGACUGUAGCAAAAGACAUGAGGCAGUGCUCACUGGACUUCAGGCUAAAAUAUCUAGACUUUCCAAAAAAUUUGGAGCUGCUAACCAAGCUCAGGAUGAGGCAAGGAAACAGCAGGAGAUCUCUGCUAGUCAGGCAGAUUUAUCUUCAGGUGCUGCUACCACAACAUAUCGAAUGGCACCAAAUAACAGCUGUCACUAUCGUCAAAAGAAAUACUUUGCUGAAGAUGUUUUGCACAUUAUUGAUGAUGCGGGCUCUGCGCUGUCAGAUGAGGAUUUUGAGAUGUCAGAAGGUACAGAAGAAAGCGACGAUGACAAUGCAGUUAGAAUGUCCCCAAGAUUGAGUGAUAGCAAUAGCAACAUACACCAAGUUCCAGCAACUGUCAUCUGGGAAGACUAUCCUGAGUUUGAUUCCUGGAAGCCCUCUUGGUUGCCAGAUUUCAAGAAAACACAUGGAGUUCUGGUGGACACUACUAACUAUGAGCCAGUUGAUUACUUUAAAUUGUUUUUCCCAGAGAGUGUUUUCGAAUUGAUGAGUAUGGAGACAAACAGGUAUGCUGAACGUUUUUUUAAUUCUCCUUGCAAGUUAUCACCACAUUCACGCUUCUCAAAAUGGAAGCCCACAACAAAGGAAGAGAUGAAGGGUUAUGUGGCACUGCAAAUUGAGAUGGGACUUGACUGGCGUUAUAACUACAGAGAACACUGGUCUACACGUAAUGUUUCUCCAGGUGGAUUUGGAAAGGUGAUGCCACGAGAUAGAUAUGUAUUGUUGAACAGUUUUCUACAUUUUUGUGACAAUAAAAAGCAGCCCCAGAAGGGUGAACCAGGAUAUUACCCAAUAUGCAAGAUCCAGCCUCUACUUGACCUGACAAUGCCAACUUACAUGCAAGUGUACCAACCUGAUCGUGACCUAUCAGUGGAUGAGUCGAUGGUAAAAUAUAAAGGCCGUCUCUUUUUUCGUCAGUGCAUGCCAGAUAAACCAACUAAGUAUGGCAUCAAAAAUUUUGUACUGGCAGAGGCAAACACCGGGUACUGUCUUAAAAUAAUCACUUACAUUGGCAAAUAUUCAUUCCCAAGAAAAGACUGCUCCCUCACAACACAGAUUGUUUUGGAUUUGCUACAAGGUUGUGACAAUAAGGGACACAUUGCCUAUAUGGACAAUUUCUACACAUCGCCUGAUUUAUUUCUUGAGCUGCAGCGUAAAGGAAUUGGUGCCUGUGGUACAGCAAAGGCUUCUAGAAAAUAUAUGCCGCCAAAGCUGAAACCAAGCAACCUGAAACUAACAAGAAUUGAUAAGCCAAUUUUUGUACGUGCAAAUAAUUUGGUGGCUCUUGUAUGGCAGGAUGUAAAAAGAGUAAUAUGUCUCACAACAGUUCACACAAACAAUACAUGUAAGAAAGUAAUCCAUCAAAAGGGAAAGCCAGAAAGAAGAGUGGUGAAUAAACCUAUAGCAAUUGAAGAAUACAGCGUAAAAGUAUCUGGUGUUGAUCGGCUGGAUCAGAUGUUAGGGGCAUAUGCUUUUGCCCACAAGUGCAUGAAAUGGUACCACGCAGUCUAUCACCAAGUGCGUGAGGUUGCUCUGACAAAUGGUUACAUAAUUUACAAGCAAGAGAAAAAGAGUGACUGUCUGAAUGCUGCCAAUUUCCGCAAAAAAGUUGUGGAUGGUUUACUCUCUGAGUAUGUGGCAGUUGAAACUGUGAGGCAAGGCAGGCCAUCCCACAAAUCUUUGCCAAAUAGGCUAACCGAAUGUCAUUUUGCAGCCACCUAUGAAAACAAGAAGUACAAACCAGAUUGUAUAGUUUGCAGCAACAGGCAGAAAAAACAGCGUCACCAGUGCAAUACAUAUUGUAAACAGUGUGAUUUACCAAUGCAUGCAAUCGGUUGCUUUGAGCGGUACCAUACAAUUCAAAAUUAUUAUAUAUAGAGUAUUCAUGCAUUUUUCAGACAUUUGUUAGUUUCUUGUUUUGCACAGUUACAAAAAUAUAAAGUAGCUUAGACAUUUUUGUAAACACUGUUUUCUUAAAAAAUGCAGAGUCCGGCUGUGAUCUUAAAAAAAAAAAAAAAAAAAGUUUUGUUUGUCUAUUGUCAUUUAAUUAUUCGUAACAUUGUGGGGCUGAUAUACUUCUUAUUAAGCUAAUGUAAUAAUGGCUCAUCUAGCACAAUAGAAAACAUAAGCCAUGUCCAAAGAGUAAUGUAUGUUUCUGUUGGAAUACCUGCCAAUGAUUUCCAAUUGUAUAUUAUUACUUUUGUUAAUUUUUUAGUCUGGGGAAGAAAAGGGGUGCCAGCUUCUAUAGCUGGCAAUUCUUGUUAUUUUGUUGUAUUUUAUUUGAUUAUAAAUAACCAUCAACAUUUGGCACAUUUCUGGAUCAGUAUUGUUAAAUAAAGAGUUAUUGUUACUUUGGUGUCUAUAUGUUAAUUGUUAAUUGAAGUAAUUGGUUAUGGUUACCUUAAUAUAUGUCACCAAUGUAUAAUGUAGUCUAAGCAGCCUAUUUCAUACUCAAAUAGCAUUUACUAAGACAAAGAUAAAUAUUGUAUACUGUAUUGUACUUUAGAUCAGAUGUUACCCAAAUAAACUUUUCUCAGCACAAGGAUGGAUUUACAUUUUCUUUUUCUUGAAUGAAGUGCUGUUCUAAUUUAAUAGGGUAAAUGGAGCAAUAUGGUUGCUGAUUACAGAGUUGUUCUUGUCAAAACUUUUGUCAAUAUGCUGGUAACUUGUAUUUAUGAGGUUAAGGAAUAUGUUACCCAAAAAAUUCUGUUACUGAAGG